CAUUUAACCCAUUUUGAAUACCCAUUAGUAAACCAAAAGUGAAAUCAAAAUGAUCCAGUUAACUAGAAAACUUUUAAUUUUUUUGUUUGUGAUACAAAGUGUGUAUUCUUUUUGUGAGAACAAGGAUGCGUUCAAUAAUGUUACUGUGGAAGUGCACUUAUCGAGAAAUAUACGAGGUAUCAAGCUUGUUCAAGUGAGUUUAUAUAAGCAAGAUCACUAUUCAAUAAUAGAUGUCAAAAAAGGUAAUAUUACAGAUCUAUGCGAUGGUAUUAUUAAAAAUUUUCCGGUACUAGAAACGCUGUAUCUGAUUAACGUAAAUCUAUCCAGAAUUCAACCAAAUGCUUUUCAAGCAGUGCCCAGAUUAAGAGAGUUGUCUUUGGCAGUAAAUCACAUAGAAGAUUUAGUGGAUGGUAGCUUUAACAACCUUGAGGCCCUAGAAACUCUUUACUUAUCUGGGAACAAAAUUAAAUACAUUGAUGGCGAGACUUUCCAAAACAUGAAAAGCUUAAAACACCUUCAUCUAGAUAGAAACCUAAUAACUAAACUUAGUCCAAAUUGCCUUAGAGGAAGUUCUUUAUUAAGAGUGUUAGACUUAAGACACAAUUCAAUGGAAAUAGUAGAUGGUAACACAUUUCCAGUUAUGGAACCAAUCUUUACGGAUCCAGUAACCAUCUAUUUAGAAAACAACUAUAUCAAAGAUGUAGAUCCAAGUGUUUUUACCUUUAAGAAUCCCGUAAACCUUCAUUUAGAACGAAACAACCUAAACACAGCAUCCACGCUUUUCUAUGGUAUGAGGGAAUACAGUGUUCUUUACUUAAACAAGAAUCAAUUUAACUGUUUACCUGACGAUGUGUUGGAAAAUGUUAAGAAGACAACAAAGACUAUAUACCUUUUAGAUAAUCCCAUAUCAUGUGACUGUCUGAAGACUAUAGAGAAAUAUUUUGCUGAUGAACUAUACGGAGUAGAACAUUUGAUUUAUAAUAGCAGUUUUCCAUGUAAUAUGCCAGUUUAUCUUAUCCCUUAAGCAGAAGAAAAAUUAUUAAAUUAAAAUAUUUUUUCAUUUAAUCUAUAUAGUGUAUAUGAAAUAUUUUUGCAAAUAAAUGUUUAUAAUAAAAUUUUAAAAUUUUAAAA